AUGCCACGUGGCAGAUACGUGAUAAAAUUGGCCUGCCACCACCAAUCACAACACGCCACGUGGAAACAUGGAGCGCUCUAUAGGAUCUGCUCUGAGCACUUUUCUCGUGGUGGGGGCGGCAAAAACCCUCUCAGCGCCUCCUCUACCUCCUCCUCUUCCUCCCCCCCUCCUCACCCCCCCGCACCCCCCUCUCCACCCCUCUCAACACCCCCCCCUCCUCUCCCCUCCCCGGCCAUCUCCCCUUCAGCCCCUACGUCUCCUUGCAUAGUUCCAUUCAAAGGUGGCGUGAGCUGUCCACGUGGCGCAAUGCCAUUAGCUGCUGCUAGGACCGCCACGUCACCGUCCACCGAGCCAGGUGGGGAAGGAGUGAUCCGACCAACAAUGGGUGUGGUUCGGCCAACGGGGGGAGAGAGGAUAUGCACCGAGCCUGGAGUGGCACGGUUGGGGGCUGGCAUGGGAAAAAGAGGUGGGGGGAAGGGAGUACGGCCGGUGGGGGGUGCGGUGGUAGUGGCCCCGUCGCAGCCCUUCGAGGCCCCUCUCGGCCCCUUUGCGGCCUCGUCGCCGCCCCUAACGGCCUCGUCGCCGCCCUUAUCGGCCCCGUCGCUGCUCCUAGCGGCCCCGGUCGCCGCCCCUAUUGGCCCCGUCGCCGCCCCUAGCGGCCCCGUCGCCGCCCUUCACGGCCCCCCCCUUCAGCUGCCAAGCAGCCGAACCACCAAGCCGCCGAGCCGCCCAGCCGCCGAGCCGCCCAGCAGCCGAGCCGCCCAGCACCCGAGCCGCCCAGCAGCCGAGCCGCCCAGCAGCCGAGCCGACCAGCAGCCGAGCCGCCCAACAGUCGAGCCGCCCAGCAGCCGAGCCGCCCAGCAGGCGAGCCGCCCAGCUGCCGAGCUGCUGAGCCGCCGUCAAGCCGCUACUGUUCCUACCGGCGCGCACCGGCCCUUCCCGCCCGGACUUCUCUUCCUACAGUGCGAUAGGGCAUACGGACUCUCCCUGUUUGAUCUCACCUCUGGUGCCUCUCCUGCCCCGCCUACUACUGCUGACAGCACUGUUCGCUCACAGUGGGCCACGCGCGAUGCUGCUGCCCGUCUUGCUGUGCGUCGCCACUUACCGACCGCUGAGCGUGUGCACUUUAGUCAGUACAAGAGUGCUAAGACCUUGUACGGCGCUGUAGUUGCACGCUACUCUUCCCCUGCCACUACUGCUCUUAUCCGCCUCAUGCUGCCGUACCUGUUCCCUGACCUUGCUGCCUUUCCCACAGUCGCUGACCUCAUUACGCACCUUCGCACUAGUGACACUCGCUACCGCGCUGCGCUUCCUCCUGAGUUCUAUGCCAAGAACCCUCCCCCCAUGUACAUCACCCUCUACUACAUAGUCACCCGGCUCCUUCACUCCCUUCGCUUAGUCAGGGACCACUUCCUCUCAGUUUGCCCCACCACACUCACCGUUGACCUCCUCAAGGAGCGCCUCCUAGCAGCAGAGAAGAGCAUAGUCGCUGUAGGAGCCUCUCGUGGUGACCCUUGUACCCCCGUCUUUGAGGGGUGUUCCCCCUCCCCCCUCUUGCCCUCAGUUGCUUCUGCUGCUGCGGCCGACCUCGUUGGUUUCGAGUCGGUCGACGCUGCGUCUGCCCCUAGCGGGAGACGCCGCACAGACAAGGGCAAGGGGGGCAAGGGCGCUGGAGGGGCUGGCGGGGGCGGUGGAGGUGGCGGUGGAGGCCGUGGAGGGGGUGGGGGUGGAGGUGGGAGUGGUGGCGGGGGUGGAGGUGUCGGUGGCAGCAGUGGAGGCCGAGGAGGCGGCGCUGGUGGCGGUGGGAGCGGAGGCGGCGGAGGCGGCGGCGGUGGUGGAACUGUUCGCGGCUCUGCACAGAGGAGUGGCUCCGGUGGUGGUCAGCGCCAGCAGCAGUAG